AUGGAAGAGUGGACAGUGUGUCGUCUGUGUUUGGAAUCUGGUGAAGAUCAGCUGAAAUCCCUGUCAGAUUGCUCAUUUCAAGCAUCAUCGUACUUCAGUAUCUACUUUAGCGUUGUGGGUAUCAAUUUGACGGAUUAUGCCACAUUCCCCAUGAAGAUUUGCCCACAGUGUGAGAAUGAGAUGCUGCGGGCAUUUGAAUUUCGGCGGAAGUGCUUGGAAACUGAAGAGAAAUUGAAGGAUCUGAAGAGUGCGGAGGAGGGGACCAAGGCCAUUGAAUUUGUGGCAGCUUUGGAUGGAAUAGCAUCUACAAAAGUUACAGAUCAUCAUGGGUAUGCCAGGCAGCAGAAGCACACAGUUUACAGUGAACAGGAAACACUUCCAGACGCCACAGUUGGACAGGAGGCUUCCAAUAGUGGCGUGAGCAAGGAUACGCCAUUGAAGAUUCGCUGUAAGAUCUGUAAGGGCAUUUUCAACGAGAUGGACACCUUCAGGACACAUCUGUGUGGCAAGCAAAAGACCUACAUAGACACAAAUGCCGAGGAGAGUGGGGAGCAAAAUGAGCCAUUCUUUAAGUGCAACAAAUGCGGAAAGACCUUCAUCGGACGAUCGUAUUUCAUGGCCCAUCUAGAUCAGCACACAGAACGAAAAAUCCGCCAUAGAUGCAACUACUGCAACAUGGAAUUCAACUCCACCGUCACCCGGACAACGCACAUUCACAGGGAACACCUCAAAACACCUUCCUGCCACUGCCCGUACUGUGGGAAGGGCUUCUACGACAAAAACCGACGCACCAAUCACAUUCGCGAUAAGCACACCAAUCCUUCGGUCUACCAGUGCGAUCGCUGUGGCAAGGAACUCAAUUCCAGCAUUAGCCUGUCAUCCCACAUGAAACAGCACACAGAUGAGGUGACCUGUGAAGUUUGCGGGAAGAAACUCAAAAAUAUCCGGACUUUUGAGCAUCAUAUGGCUCUUCAUACCACCCAGAAGAAAUUCAUUUGUCCCGUUUGCUCACACGCUUUCCGGACUAAUGCUCAGCUCAGGAAGCACACUCAGCACGUGCACGCCGGCGAAAUGAUGUCCAGUGGCAGCACAAUGGACCAGAAAACCAUGCAGUCAGCCUAA